ACCAAAAAUUAAAAUUCUCUGUUUAUUUUGCCUUUAAAACAAAACACUCGCCAUUUUUGUGCACAGACUAAGGAUUUACGCCUACCCAUUAGCAGGCGUAGAUUUAAACCCAAAUUUAGUCCCGACUAAGUUUCCGCCUUUUUGUGAAACGCAACUUAGUCUGGUUUUGAGGUUUAGUCCCUACUUUAGUCCGGACUAAGCUUACACCUGGACGUAGGCCUUUUUGAGAAACGGGCCCCUGGUAUUUAAAAAAAAUCAUCAUAGUCAUCGACCGAAAUAGAUCAACGUUGUAUCACGUGACCAUUUUAGGGGAAAUUGUUAGAUCAAUAAUAGCAGCUUGUAUCUUAUCAGGUUGCAUAACUAGACCAGGAAAAGAUAGUGAUUUGUGGACUGAACAUUUAGGAAAUGGGUUCGGAAAAAGAAGACAGGUAUUUUGAUCCAGAUAGAACAUGGAAAGGACUGGCGUUGGUGAUUACCAACUUUCUUAAGGGGCCACACGUUCGAGGUGGCGCUGAUAAUGACCGGAAGUACAUGAAAGAAUCAUUUGAACGACUGGGGUUUGGUGUGAUAUGCCAUGAGGAUGUGACAACACCAGAGCUAACAACGCUACUGGAAGAAUACUCAAAGAAGACAGAUUUGAGCUGUUUUGCGUUUGCUAUUAGUUCCCAUGGGUUCGAAAUGGAGAAAAAAGAUGAGAAUGCAAAGCAAAAGAAGAGAGGAAAAGAGAAACAUGAGAUAAAAACUAAACAUCACGCAAUACAAAUGUUUGAUGGAAAUUUUGUUUUUACACACGAUAUUUUGGACUGUUUCAGUGAUGCAAAAUGUCCUGGUCUAAGAAAUAAACCCAAGAUAUUUUUGAUUCAGGCCUGUAGAAUUCCUGUUAGCAAGGCCACAGUAGAUCAAAGGAGAGCUGGGGUUGGUUUUGAAACAGGCUGUUCUCAAUCUAAGGUUGCAAAAUUUAAUCCUGCAGAACCUAAUCCUGUAAAACCAGAUCCACAGACUGCUAUCGAAAUGGAAGUUGAUUCUUAUCUACCUGAUGCAACAAAGACAGAGAAUCCUUCGGUUGAGGACAAAGAUAAAAUCGACGCUCCUAAAGCUCAAAUUAUCUAUCCUCCGGCACCUUUUGAGAUAACAGUGGUACCCUGUUACAACGAUAUGCUCAUCAUGUUUGCCUGUCCAGAAGGUUAUUAUGCAUUUAGAAAUCAACGGGAUGGUAGUUACAUGUUGAAGCUGUUUUCCGAGUCUGUUCUUGCAUGGCGUACACAAUACAGAUCAGCUAAUCUCAUGGACAUGUUAAAAGAUGUUACGUACAAGAUGUCUGAAAAUAGCUAUUUUGGUCCUAAAGAAUACAAAAUCGUGCCAUCCAUUGUCCAUAAACUGAGAAAAGACGUCAUCUUUACUCCAGGUAGAAAAUGAUUGGAUGUUUUGCGAGUGUAAUACUGUGACGUCACAAAAGCAACAUUCAUAGCCUCAUGCAUAUUUCUACAUUGUUGUCGCUUGUUUGAAGUAAAGGGUUUGCUUAGGUGACCUUAUGAUGACAUCACGAAUCUCAAAUAUUUGUCAUGACUAUACAGCGGUAUGUAAUAACCACUGCAUGCUAUUGGCGGAACGUGUUAUAAUUAUAAAGUGCUUGGUUAAUCAUUAUUAGGAAAGAAAUGUUAUGUUUUCAUGUUAAUCAUUGUAAAACAGACUUUCAU